AUGGCUGACAUCCACCGUCCCCAUAAGAACAUCACACCGGAGCUACCACCUGAGAUAUGGUUGUUUCACAUACUACCAAGGCUGCCGAUCAAGUCCCUACUCCGUGUUAUGUCUGUUUGCAGGCAAUGGCGAUCCAUCAUAAAAACACCCACGUUUGCGAACGUCCACCUCCACCGCGUAACCACCAACGGCCACCAUGAAAACAGCCACAAACUUCUCGUCUUGUCCACCAUAACACCAUGCAGCUUCCGCACCAUGGAUUGUGAAACGCCUGAAGAUGAUUUAACUACCGCACGCUCUUUCCCAUUCAAAACGAGUCCUGAAAACGUGAUGAUUAUAGCAUCUUUGAAUGGGCUGGUAUGCGUAGGCAUAAAGAAGUGCAGGUACGAUGACGAUGAAUACUCCGAUCUAAUAUUAUGGAAUCCUGUGACGGGUGAUUAUAAGACGUUGUCUAAAGCCAAUUCUAACAAACAAUGCUACAAGACCUGUGGAAUAGCAUUUGGGUUGUAUUACAGUUGUGCCGAUGAUGACUACAAGCUCCUACGUGUAACCAUUGAUCGGGAUGCUUAUAUAUACUCAUUGAGAUCUGACUCAUGGAGAAUGGUCGAAUCAACACAAGAGUACUUGCGACAUAAACCCUCUUGGUUUUCAGAAUCUUGGAAUCCAAGUACUUUUUUGAAUGAAAAACUCUAUUUCUUAAAGCAAGUCAAGAGAGCGACCGUAAGUCCACAAUCGUAUUCAAUUAUACAGUUCGAUGUGAAGACGGAGAAGUUGACAGAGACAGCAGCCCCGUCUUUUGGAAAUCUAUUGACGGGCUGUUUAAACAUGACGGUUCUAAGAGGGUGCAUUCACUUGACGAUUUGGAAAGCGAAAUUUCGACACUGGUGUCGAACAAUGGAGAUGUGGAGAAUGGAUGAAGAUGGAGAUUGGGGAAAGAUGGUAACUUAUUGCUCGAUACCCUCUUUUCCAUGGUUUCAGCAACAACUGCAUUUGAUGAGGAGUGGAAAUUGGCUUAUGCAUUCUGAAUAUGGUAUUUACGAAGUAGAUCUUGAGAAGGACACCAAAGUCCAGUUGUAUACGCAUCCUGCCAAUAGCAUCAUUAUCCAUCCACGAGGGAAAUACAUCCAGACUUUUGUGUCACCCAAUCAAUAUACAUAUAGCAUCUAG